AUGAGCGCACCCGGAAAACAUAACCUCACCGGUUACGAGUGUGCUCUGUGCGUAGAACCCCCCAACGAGGAAAGCCAGAUGGUAUUCUGCGAGAAAUGCCAGGGUUUUUUCCAUCUCCAAUGCGCCGGGGUCACCGAAGCCAACAAGGACCUGUCAUUCACUUGCAAGAAGUGCACUGGCCUGGGUGAUGCGGUCGACCAAACCGGCGACGAAGAUGACGGAGCAACCGUCGUGGAAGACUCCAAGAAAGUGGACGAAACCCUGCCAGGCAAGCCCAACCCAUCGGUCAUCAAUAAGCCGGAUGGGUCAACAGAGCAGGAGGACGCGGAGCUGCAGCAUCGGCUCGAAAUGCAGCAACUCCAGGAAGCUUUUCAAAAUCAACUCCGUCGAGAGCAGGAAAAGCGAUUGAUGAUUCUUCGUCUCGAGCGGCAGAUGCUGGAGCAAAAGGCGGCGCUGGAUGCCGAUUUGAACCAGCGGAGAAAUGAACUCUACGUGGAAUUCAGACACGUAGUCAACGGGUCGCAAGAAGAAGAAGGUGCUACCGCCGGGGCCGAAUCCACAGAAUCAAUUCCAGUGGCCAGCACCACCGCUACCGGCGCCGUCUCCGCGGCUGACUCCGAACCCAGCGGCGGCUCAGAACCCAGCGCCGGCCCCGAAUCCAGUGCCGGUUCCAAAUCCAGCGCCGGCUCCGAAUCCAGCGCCGGCCCCGAAUCCAGCGCCGGCUCCGAACCCAGCGCCGGCCCCGAAUCCAGCACCGGUUCCAAAUCCAGCGCCAGCUCCGAAUCCAGCGCCGGCCCCGAAUCCAGCGCCGGCUCCGAACCCAGCGCCGGUUCCAAAUCCAGCACCGGCCCCGAAUCCAGCUCCGGCUCCGAACCCAGCGCCGGCCCCGAAUCCAGCGCCGGUUCCAAAUCCAGCGCCGGCUCCGAAUCCAGCGCCGGCUCCGAAUCCAGCGCCGGCCCCGAAUCCAGCGCCGGCCCCGAAUCCAGCGCCGGCUCCGAACCCAGCGCCGGCCCCGAAUCCAGCGCCGGCCCCGAACCCAGCGCCGGCCCCGAAUCCAGCGCCGGUUCCAAAUCCAGCACCGGAUUUCUACGACGUGCCCGAACUGACUAG